AUGGUUAUGUUAAUUUUGGAUUACGUUCGUUCUUUUCGCCAUCCUAAAAAUGUUAUCAUGCGACCAGUUCAUAUCUCAUCUAUGGCUUAUACGCCAGCAUUUUUGGUGAGUGGUGUUGUGACAUUGAUCGGUUUUACGACUUACUUAUUGUUAAAACAAGUUCGUGAAGAAAGACGUGAUGAAUGGAAGGAAGGUUACACUCCAAAUUAUCCAAAGAUUCCGUGGCAUCUGGACAAGUCGUCAGCUUCUGAUGUCAUUGUGACACAAGGAUUAGCAGCUCCACCGUAA